GGCGGGGGCGGCCUCCGGAGGCGGCGAGAGCAUGGAGCCGCGGGCCGGCUGCCGGUUGCCGGUGCGGGUGGAACAGGUCGUCAACGGCGCGCUGGUGGUCACCGUGAGCUGUGGCGAGCGCAGCUUCGCCGGGAUCCUGCUGGAUUGCACGAAAAAGUCCGGCCUUUUUGGCCUGUCUCCAUCUACUCUGCUGCCUCUGGCUGACAACCCCUCUGUCAUCAGCUGUCAUGACCAGGUGCCUAAGGAGGGAACUGGAGAAGUGAUGCCUCCUCAUCACAAAGACCAGUCCCCAGAGAAGGAUCAGCCUCCCAAGACAGCUGGGCCCGAGCCGCCCCCACCUCUCAUUCCACCUCUGCCUGCUGGGAACCUGCCUCCCUUCCCACCCUACUUUGAGGGUGCCCCUUUCCCCCACCCACUAUGGCUGAGGAACACCUACCAGCAGUGGGUGCCACAGCCCCCACCCAGGACCAUCAAGCGGACCCGGCGGCGACUGUCCCGCAACCGGGAUCCUGGCCGACUUAUUCUUAGCACGAUCCGCCUGCGGCCACGCCAAGUACUGUGUGAGAAAUGCAAGAGUACUGUGAGUCCUCAGGAGGCCAGUCCUGGCCCCCUGACCACCCCCAGACCCCGCCGGAGGCUAGGCAGUGGCCCUGACAGUGAGCACCGUAAGCCAGAAGAGCCAGAGGACAGUGACUCCAUAGCUGCAGCCACCCCAAGAAGGAGCAAGAGAGAGAAGCGGGAAGAGGACAGGGUUCCUGGAGAACGUGUUCCACGGAGCCCAGUCAUCAAGAUCUCCUACAGCACACCACAGGGCAAGGGGGAGGUGGUCAAAAUCCCAUCCAGAGUGCACGGCUCUGUGGAGCCCUUCUGUCCCCAACAGUCUCUACAGAAUGGCAGCCAGGACUUGGAGGUAGUGAGGGAUGUGGAGCCCAGGGGUGGUGGUGACCGACCACCCAGCGGGCAUUCUAUUCCCAAGCUGAAGCUGACUCGUCCAUUGCCUCCCAUCUCAGACCUACCACCUCCCAAAAUCCGCUUGAAGCCCCACCGACUGAGGGAUGGGGAGCAUGAGCCUCUGUACAGGGCUGAGCUGGUUGAGGAGCUGAAUGGAUGCCCAGGAGGCCCCCUGGCCAGCUCUCCUGCUAUCUUUGCUGAUGGCUCUACCCAUGGGCUGGAGGAUUUGUCUUCUGGAAGUUCUGGUGAGGACGAUGACCUCAAGAGGUUUCCUCAAGGUAAACAUGGACGUGGUAGCUUGGCUUUUCUUGUCGACUGCCCUGGGAGGAGAGCAGAUUGUACCAGCGAAUCUGUGUGCAGCACCGACAGCCUGGAUGAACUGAAAUCAUCUGGUUCAGAAGUGACAUCUCCAGACACAGGAGACCUGUCAUCUGGGGACAGUGCCUCUGUUCCUUCCUCUUCUGCUGACACUCGCCAGACAGUCCCUCCCCUCACGGUCAGGCUGCACACGCAGAGCGUCUCACAAUGUGUGACCGAAGAUGGAAGGACAGUGGCUGUAGGGGACGUUGUGUGGGGUAAGAUUCAUGGUUUUCCUUGGUGGCCAGCGCGUGUCCUUGACAUCAGCCUUGGCCAGAAGGAGGAUGGAGAGCCCUCUUGGCAAGAAGCGAAAGUCUCAUGGUUUGGGUCUCCAACUACAUCAUUCUUGUCUAUUUCAAAACUGUUCCCUUUCUCUGAGUUUUUCAAACUGAGAUUUAACCGUAAGAAGAAGGGGAUGUAUCGGAGAGCUAUAACUGAGGCUGCUAAUGCCACACAACAUGUGGCCCCAGAAAUAAGGGAGCUCUUGACCCAGUUUGAAAUAUAACUUUGGUUCCGGGAGCAGGUCACCGACAAUGAGGGUGGAGCUGCUGUCUGGAACUUCUGUCCGAGGGGCCCAUGUGCCUCUGGCUGGCUGUGUGCAGAAACAUGCUGGGCACAGUGGUUGGCCUGACUCCGGGUCCCCAGAGGAGCAGGUGUGCAUGGGGAGGAGCCAAGCCCAGGGCACCUGGCUCCUCUCGGCUGAAUGUAUCUGUUCCCUUUGAUACAGGCUUCGGCAUUCCUAGCUGAGAAGUGUCCUGGAGCUUGGUGACAUAUUUGCCGCUUUGUGUGUUAGCAGCUGCCAGGCUUGGGCACCCUCAAACAGAAGCAGGGCCUUCUGCCCAGCCUGUGAGACUCCUGCGUGGGUACAGGGCACCCUCCUGGGCCUGGCUGCUGUUCAGCUAGAGCCUCUCUGCAGGCUUGAGGACACCAAAUCACACGUCUGAGGUUCUUCUCCAGCCCUGGGGUAUAGGGUCUCUGUGCUCUUGAGCCAGGAAUCUAGUUGCAUCUCCUCCACAUUCCUCUCAAAGCAUGGGCCCCUGGGCUCCCAGCCCUGGCCGGCAAGGCCAAGGCCGCCUAGCUCUGAGAUGCUGCUAUGUCACCUACUGUGAGGGGGAGAGAAAGGGGGAGGGCAGAACUGGAAACAGGCCUCAGGUUAGGACAUACCAGCUCUGCCCUGUGAGGCCACAUUCCUUUCUCCUCUGUCACUUUCCAGACCAAAAAGAAAACAGAAAGAAAAGAAAACUGUCUCUGCCCCUUUGUUUAAGCGUGAAGAGGAAUAAACAGGAGUCUGGGUUGAGGCUCUUGCCUGAAUACCCUCCAAACGGCACCUGCCUGACCUGUGAGAGAGGGUGCAGCCCUCUGAUGGGGUGAAGAAGGCCCGCGGCCACCCCGUCAAGGUGGCACUGUGCCCGUUGUAUUGCUCACUCACAGCCACCUGAUGGGAUGCGAAUUUGAAGCCAAUGCCACUGCUCCAGGUGGUGGCUACAGUCUCCUGCCUCAGGCCUCCCUCCUGGUUCUCUGGUCCACCCUGAGUCCCUCAGGCAGAGGCUUGGGCCUGGAACGGUGUGGCUCUUUCCUCCUGUGGAGCCUUCUGCCUCCUUUCUCUCUCUGCUCAAUUAGAGUUAAAGGAUGUCCUAAGAUUGCAGUCAUGGCUUUUCCUGUUCCUGAUUUUAAUGGAAAAUAUUCUCAGUGUUGAGGGUGCCAUAGCCCUCAGGAGGAACCUGUGGGCAAGAUGGGAGCACUGGUUGCUUUCAAGGCCUUCUCCAGGCACAGGAGAAGGGGCUUGAUGCAGAUCCAUUACUGACCAGCCCAAGGGCUGCUCUGUGUCCUGAGGUUCUGGAUCUGCUCUUUGGCAGAAUGUUUUCCCAACAUUUUAUAGCAGCAAAGCCAUCUCCACAUUCAAGCCCCCCCCGCCCCCCCAGGAAGAAGUGAUGCCAGAGACUUGUCCCCAAGACCCUAUAUAUACACCAUCUCUCUAUUAUCAGGGUCACUCCCCACCAUCCUGGAGGCCCUUGUGUCAGCAGGGAUAUAUGUCUUGGUGAAUGGGAGAUUCUGGGGUUCCCUGUGCAGUCAGCUCAUGGCUAGAGCAACAGAUUUUCCCCUAGAACCCCAGUGUCUGGCCCCAAGAACCAUUGAAAAUACAGAUGUAGAAGUGAGGACCUUGUAUGAGAGGGGGUUUUGGAGGAAUCAGAGCCGUCAGCCUUGCCUUUGUGACUCCCCACCCCCACCCUGUUCUGAGGCUGAGAGAGGAGGGUGGAAGAGCCCCCUACAGCUGUUUCCUGGGCAUGGCUUCCCCACAUCUGUCCUACAACCUAGGAAGAGUGAAUUUUAGCCUCUGGCCAACCAGGGGCCCUGCAGUCACAUGCUGUACCAUGUCCUUAGUUGAUAGACUUCCUCUCAGGGGUUCCCCGGGAAAAGCUGAGCUGGGGGAAUUCAUGCCUCCAACUAUCUUGAGCCAAGUGGACCCUGCCAUGUGGGGCCUGGGACUGGGAUCUGUCUCUACAAGAGACCUGCUCUGCUGGGCAGGAGGGUGGGAAUAUAUAUGAAGCAAACAGAACCAAGUAGACCGUGUCUGUACUUUGUCUAUGGAGUGCAUUCUACCUGCCUCUUCAAGAGCAUUAGUCCGGAGCUGGGGUAGUAGUCAGAGGCAGAAGGAUUGGAC